AUGUCCGGCCUCGGCGGAAACUCGAACUCGGAUAAUACUAAACAGACCGACCAGGGCCAAGGUGGCGGCCUUGUUGGUGGACUCGGCAAUACACUAGGUCAGACUACACAGGGACUGGGUCAGGGCGUUGGAAACACAGUGAGCGGAGUGACCGACAAUGCUGGUAACCUGACGAAAGGAGUGACUGAUAAUGCGGGCAAAGUUGUGAGCGGCGGGACGCAGGGCAAGACAUGA